AUGGUGGCCGCCAAAAGGGCAAAAGGACUCGCGGUAGAAAUUAAAAAUCAGAGCAGCCAUUUUCAGAUUUUCUUUCUCUUUCUUCGCCUCUUCUUUAGUUCCUUCCUUUUUUUUCUUCCACAUCAAAAUCCGCGUUCCAGCCUUCUUCCUUUUUCUUCCUUCUCUCUCACCGGCGGGAGAGAAGAAGCCGCCACCGGCCAAAACCUUAACAUAUAUCACCGCUGCCCGCAGCGGCCACCGUUGGGAAACAAAAUGCAGAAGCCUGUCCAGGAUCAACGGUCGAGAUCUUCCAAGCCCGCCACCAUUCAUGCCUGUGCCCAGUCCGGCGAUCUUCCCGCCGUUCAGAAGCUGCUCCGUGACAACCCUUCUUUCCUCAACGAGAGGAACCCAGUUAUGUCACAGACCCCUCUUCAUGUUUCUGCUGGUAAUAACAAAUGGGAGAUCGUCAAAUUUCUGCUUAGUUUGAAGGGUGCCGAGAAAGUUGAAUUGGAAGCCAAGAACAUGUAUGGAGAAACUCCAUUGCACAUGGCAGCGAAGAACGGGUGCAAUGAAGCUGCACAGUUACUCCUUUCUCAUGGCGCUUUCAUUGAGGCUAAAGCUAAUAAUGGUAUGACUCCACUGCACCUAGCUGUGUGGGACUCUAUAAGAUCAGAUGAUUGUUCGACCGUCAAGACAUUGCUGGAGCAUAAUGCUGAUUGUAGUGCAAAGGACGAUGAGGGCAUGACUCCUGUGAACCAUAUCUCGCAAGGUCCAGGCAGUGAAAAGUUGCGUGCCUUAUUAAAACGGCAUCUUGAGGAGCAGAGAAGGAGGCGAGCACUGGAAGCAUGUAGCGAGUCAAAAGCUAAAAUGGAAGAACUUGAGAAAGCAUUGUCAAGCAUAAUAGGGCUGCAUGAACUCAAGGUUCAGCUAAGAAAAUGGGCCAAGGGAAUGCUUUUGGAUGAGAGGCGCAGGGCCCUCGGUCUGAAAUUGGGUGUUCGAAGGCCUCCGCACAUGGCUUUCCUUGGAAAUCCUGGAACAGGUAAGACAAUGGUGGCUCGAAUUCUUGGAAGAUUGCUUCAUCUGGUUGGUAUUCUACCUACAGACCGAGUAACCGAAGUACAACGUACUGAUUUGGUUGGUGAAUUUGUUGGCCAUACCGGUCCAAAAACCAGGAAGAAGAUCAAAGAAGCCGAGGGAGGAAUUCUAUUUGUGGACGAGGCAUACCGUCUCAUCCCAAUGCAGAAAGCAGACGAUAAGGACUACGGCCUAGAAGCUUUGGAAGAGAUAAUGUCGGUUAUGGACAGUGGCAAAAUCGUGGUCAUAUUUGCAGGGUACACCGAACCCAUGAAGCGUGUGAUUGCUUCCAACGAAGGUUUCUGCAGAAGGGUGACCAAAUUCUUCACAUUCGACGACUUCACCUCCCAAGAUUUAGCCGAGAUCGUCCACCUCAAGAUGACUGAUCAAGAAGAGGAAUCCAGCAUGCUCUACGGCUUCCAGUUACAUCCCUCGUGCAGCAUCGAUGCCACCUCGAGGUUGAUAGAGAGUGAGACCACGGAGAAGCAGCGGAGGGAGAUGAACGGAGGGCUAGUCGACACGAUGCUGGUGAACGCGAGGGAGAAUCUGGAUCUCAGACUCGAUUUCGACUGCAUCGACACUGAGAAACUAAGGACGAUCGCCUUGGAGGAUCUGGAAGCAGGGUUGCGGCUCUUGUCUCGGUAAUAACUUCAUCGAUGCCCAUUGGUAAUACUAUAGUGUCUCUCUACUUUCGAUUCUUGGAUAGCUGCCAAUUGAUUCAUUGGUAUAAAGCAGGACUCAUGUGUAGAUAUAGCAACAGCAAAAAAAAAAUCUUGUAUUGUUUUGCCAGAAUUCAUUAUAUUAGGCUUAUCAUUCAUUCUUAUGGUCAUCCCAACCAAAGCAGCUGCUGUGAUCCAUCAGCCAUUUAUUUUUCCAGAGAUGUUAUGUUGUGAUCUGUAUUGUGGCGGAAUGUUGUUGCAGAGUGUAAUUUCUUACCAAGUUUGUAUCCCCCUAACGAAGUUUGCUUAAGAUUAGAAAAUGUUCUCAAUUUGGAAGAGGAAAUGUCUUUGUAGUGAAAUAUUGGUUGGUGUUUGAUGGAUUAUGGCGGCAAAAGCUAAUCCAAGUAACUGCGUAAUGAAAUCAAGAGUUUGUAUUCAUUAAUACAAACUCUUAGCCUGAGGCAGGUGAUUUAUACAUUUGUUACUGUUUUGUUUUUAGCUGUAUUAUGACAACUUUUACAGAAAUCACAAAUCUUAGCACUUCUUUUGAGCAAGUUUAGUUUCAGAGUUUUGGUAAGA